CCAACUUCUUCCCAGAAAACUCGUUCUCUCUCUCUCCCCUCUCUAAAAGAACCCUAAAUCGUAUUGCGGAGCCGAAACUACAUGGGUCAAGGAGCAUCCCGUCCCAAAUGGUUGACGCGUAGUGAGCGCCAAGAUGAGCUUCUUAAGAUGUGUCCUCUCCCUGCGACAGUUAUUCGUCGUCCAAACACGAACCCAGAUGGGUCUGAUAUUCCAAGCAUAUCUGGUUCUGAUUUUGAGUUCCCUGAUCCUAAUUGUGAGACCUGGAUUAGGAAGCUCUAUCAGGCAAUGAGCAGUAACCAGGACCAGGACCGGGAUAUGACACGGUACUAUCAGCAUAAGUUGAGGGAUUAUUGCGGUAUAGAGGUCGACCUCUCGGCUAGUCUUCCCACUAAAUCAUGAAGCUCUAUGGAUAUUGUUGUAGAUGAUCCAUCCAUGUUAAGACGAUGUAACUCUCUUUUCGUAUCAUAAUUAUUGUAUGGUCAGUCUGUAUGAGUUUCCUAGCUUUAUGAUUUACUAUUGCAUAUAUAAUUAUAUACAAGC